UAUUUGUCAUCAAGAUAAGAGAAGGAGAUCAGUGGCAGAGAGAGAUAGAAGUGGGAAAGCAGCCAUGGCUACAUGCAACAUGGCAUCAGCAGCUGGUUUUGUGCCUGUUUUUCAUUCAAACACAGCUGCAUCAUCUUCAAAACCAGCUUCUGUCUCCUUCUUGACCUUCAAUAAUCGUGGUUUGAGACGACAGUUGGUCGUACGGGCAUCGGAAGAACCCGCCGCACCCCCUGAGGCAGCAACCACCACCACCACCACUGAUGCACCACCGGAAGACGGUGCUGCCAAGGAUGCUGUCAAGGCUGCUAAGCCACCACCAAUCGGUCCCAAGAGGGGUACCAAGGUGAGGAUUCUACGAAAGGAGUCGUAUUGGUAUAAAGGCGUUGGCUCAGUCGUAACCGUUGAUCAGGAUCCGAAGACACGUUACCCUGUCGUGGUUCGAUUCAACAAAGUCAACUACGCAAAUGUAUCGACAAAUAACUAUGCACUAGAUGAGAUCGAAGAAGUUGCAUGAGAAUUACAUACAAUCGAUGUCGUUAUGCCAAUGUGUAUAGUACUUGAUUUGCAACAUAUUUUCUUCCCUAAACACGAUUAUGUAAAUCAAUUUUAUUGGAAGAAAAGUAUGAAUGUGCAUACUCCCUACUAGGGGUGCUCA